UCGGGUAAGGCGCUGCAGAUAUUUACUCCCUACUUUAUCGUCUUCACACUGGUGCAAAAAACCCUCUGUGUGGCUUCUAUUUACCAGACUGUAGGCGGAAUCAAUUGCACCACUUUUUCUACACUACCCUGAUGAAAGAAAUACCGAACUUCAACUUUGUUUUCAUACAUUUCGUUGGGAGUAACCUCUUUUACGGUUUUACUUAUUUUUCUCUGAUGAGGAGUUCCGACUACUAGCUAGCAUACCAACUGAUACGAAGUAGACUCCCAUGCCGGAAAUUGCGGAUUGGGAUCCUAAAUAAACCGGUCGUGUAAAGAUUUUCUCAAAUAUCAGUCGGUGAUUAUCAAUGCUUGGAAUAAACUCAAGAGCAUCGCGUUGUGACAGCUGGGAGAUGGAGUAUGACUGCUAUCAGCACUAUUUCUUAGAUGACCUUGACAAAGAGGAGGAUUUCUACAAGUCAACCGCACCAAGUGAGGACAUAUGGAAAAAGUUUGCACUAUUGCCCACCCCUCCCAUGUCUCCUAACAGGACAAUCAGCGGUGGUACCUUGUACUUCACCCCUGGAGACAAGUUCGGCUGGCUGUCCAAGGUCUUGGGCCAGGACGAGGAGUACGAGGGACCCGACACCGAGGAGCUUUUUGGGAACAUGAGUUCAAUUAUUAUCCAGGACUGCAUGUGGAGUAGUUUCUCAGCCAGUCAGCACUUGGAGAAAGUCAGUGAGCGCCUGUCAGCUGCAGCCCAGGCUCGUCUCUCCCCACCAGCACCCCAGAACAAUGUGACUAUGAGUGCCAGCAAAGCGCAGUGCACCCUGCUGACCCCACCUGACUCUCCACUGCCCAGUACUGUGGCAACAGAAUGCGUUGAUCCGGCGGCUGUGCUCACCUUCCCAACCAUCAGCUGUAGGAAACCGGCGUCAUCGGGCUCUGAGUCUCGCUCCGAUUCCUCUGACGACGAUGAGGUGAUUGAUGUGGUGACUGUGGAGAGCAAGCAGAGCCGAGCCCGACUGGUGGGCAGCCGUAAGCCUGUGACCAUCACUGUCCGAGCUGACCCCUGCCCAAAGCGUUUCCACAUGUCUGUUCACCGGCAGCAGCACAACUACGCAGCCCCUUCCCCUGAUAGCGACCCUGAGGAUGAUGAGGAACCACAGAGUAAACGGUCCUGUCCAGACUCCAGCCACCACCAGCAGACAGAUUCCCCCACCGCCAUCUCCUCCACAGCUUCCUCUGCAGACAGCCCCCAGAGCUCUGACACUGAGGACACUGACCGCCGGAAGAACCACAACUUCCUGGAGCGGAAGAGGCGGAACGACCUUCGCUCUCGCUUCUUGGCACUGCGGGAUGUGAUCCCGGGCCUGGUGGAGUCGGCCAAGGCCCCUAAGGUGGCCAUCCUGACCCAGGCCACAGAGUACCUUCUCCAGCUGCACAGCAGAGAGAAGCACCAGGCUCAGGAGAGGAAACGCCUCAAAGCCCGCCAGCAGAAACUCCUCCGGAGGCUAGCCGACCUUAAACGCUCCUGAGGAUAGAAACUAACUAUGCAACAGACUCUUAAUAAAUAAACUGCCUCAUUCUCAGAAGCCAAUGACUAUUCUCUAUAAGCAAACUU